AUGGCGAGCCUCGACAACGCCGGCCUCGCGUUCGCUCUGGUGGUGGCCGCGGGCCUCUCCACCGCUGUCGGCGCCGCCGCGGUCUACUUCAGGGUGCUGGUGAACAUCGCCAGCAAGCCAGUGCUGGCCGCAGGUCUCGGCUUCUCGGGCGGCGUCAUGCUGUACGUCUCCUUCGUCGAGAUCUUCGUGAAGUCGCAGGAGGCCUUCCUGGAGGUGAUGGAGGAGGAGGCCAAUGCGUACCUCGCCGCCACAGCGUGCCUCUUCGGCGGCAUGCUUCUCCUCCGGCUCAUGACCACCGUGGUGCACAUGCUGGACAAGGACCACGAGUGCCACGCUGGGGUGACUACCAUCCCUGCCGCGUCGGACGCACACCUCGCUGCAGAGGCAGGGCCGGCGACCGCCGGGGCUGGAGAUCCGGCGCAGAGCGCGUCGGAGGAGACCGUGGCAGAGGCUCAGGCCGCCAAGGACGCGCGGCUGCAGUCCAUGGGCCUCAAGACGGCGCUCGCCAUCGCGAUCCACAACCUCCCGGAGGGCCUCGCGACGUUCGUGGCCACGCUAGCAGAGCCGAGCGUGGGCGUGACCCUGGCGGUUGCCAUUGCCAUCCACAACAUCCCGGAGGGCCUGUGCGUGGCACUGCGUGGUUGCGGAUUACGCUUCUGGCAGCAGGCACCUGGGUUUCUUCUGGGCGUUAAUUUCGGGCAUAUCUGA